AUGUCUGAUGAAUUUAGCGAAAUUGAUUUAAGUGAUAAUGCAGUACCAACUGAAUCUUUCGAAUCAACACCUAAUCUACGAACACGCCGCAAAAACUUUCCUUUGCCAAUUAAACAUACCUCAAACUCACCAUCACCAACAAGUCAAAUAAAUCCAUCAUUGUAUCUUAAUACUUCUAUGCACGAAAAAGCUUCGCCACCACCGCCAUUGUCUCUUUUCGAUAGUAGUAAUUCGAUUCCUUCAUCCUUUAGUACACCACCAAAUUCUAUUCGAUAUUCACAAUCAUCGUCAUCAUCGCCUGUACCAACGACAAUCGCAUCUGAUUCAUUGUCACCAAAGAAUUUAACACGUUCCGGCGGUUCUACUGAUUUAACAAAACAUACAUUUAAUUUUCCAAUACCAAGACAAGAUUCAAUUAUUGAUUCCUUAUUAUCUGUCAUAUAUGAACGCGAUGGUAGUGUCUAUACUUUAUCAUCGUCACAAGAUAGUGAUACAGUGACAACAGGUGAUUAUACAGAUCGAUCUUUAAACAUUCAUCGAUUAAGUGAUGAUUCAAUGAUAAAUGAUAGCAAUACAUCAUUUUCAAAAUCAAAUCUUGCCAAUAAAAGUACACAAGAAUUGCGGUAUUUAUGUACUCAUCUUCAACAGCAGAUAGGUCAACUGAACGCAAUACUUGUCAAAAAUCUUCGUCAUCGUGAUAAAAAUCUAUCGAAAUUACAGAAGAAUUGUGAUAUUAUUACAGCUAUCUUACAAGCCGCGUCGCUAAAACGGCGUGAAGAUACAACAAUGCGAUUUUCUUUGGCGCCAUUUCCUGGAGAAAAAGGUUUUCAACAAUGGAAAGAUGCUGUAUCCGUUGCCAUACGAAUGCCUGGCGGCUUGCCAGCGUCAAUUCGGCAAAAACUUUGGAUAUCAUUAGCUACAAAUUAUAUUCGGGAAAUUCAGUUAGAUUGGGAUAAAACAUGUCGAUUUACGUUUAAUAAUUUCUCGAAUCCAGACGAUGAUCAACUUGGUAUUCAAAUAGUUAAAGAUCUUCAUCGAACUGGUUGUAGUUGGUCAUCGAAUGAACACGAUCGUGCAACAUUAAAACGUGUUUUACUUGCGUUCGCACGUUAUAAUAAAUCUAUUGGGUAUUGUCAAGGUUUGAAUAUCUUAGCGGGUGUUAUACUUGAUGUUGUCGAUAUGAAUGAAGAAUAUGCUUUAAUGAUAUUGAUCUAUUUAAUUGAUAGUAUAUUACCAAACUUUUUUUCGAAUAAUCUACGUGCAUUAGCUGUUGAUAUGGCUGUUUUCCGUGAAUGGUUAAGAAUUUACAAUGGAAAAUUUCAUUUACAUUUACAAAAACUUCAAUCAUCAUCGCAUGAUGCAUCAGGUACAAUAUACGAGCCCCCGCUAUUAAAUGUGUUUACCAUACAAUGGUUUUUAACAUUGUUUGCAACGUGUCUACCACGACGAGCCACCGUGCGCGUUUGGGAUGCACUGAUGAUUGAAGGAAGUGAAAUUCUGUUUCGAACGGGACUGGUACUUUGGUCGAAAUUAGCUGUUCCAGUUUUAAAAGUCUCAACAGCUGAUCAAUUCUAUUCAGUCAUGGCAAAUUUAUCAGUUCAAUUGUUAGAUGAAAAGAUCAUAGAUGCAGACAAUCUAAUAAAAGAAAUUUAUAAUUUCGGUCCAUUUCCAACACCGAUUUUAUCGGAUUUACGUCAAAAAUUUUCAUUCAAUAUUACACCAUUUCAACAAUUAUCUGGACCAACUGCAAGCACAUCGGAGGAUCGAAAAAUAAAACAAGGAGUUGUACGAUCAAAUAGUGGUGAAGUAAAAUUACGAGAUAAUAAACGAUUGAAAGUAAAAACGAGUCCAACGAACGAUGAUGAAGCAACACCCGAUGAAGAUAUGGUUAAUUUUAUGUCCUGUUUUGCUAUCUUGUCUUCUCCAUCACGAAACAACCGACUCGAAUAUCAUUCUAAUGAAUCUACAACAAAUAAUAAUACAGCAGCAUUAUCACGGUUGACACCUGGAGCUUAUUCCGGUAUACCAACAACACAUAAAACAAACUCUAUUGAAGAUUCUCUAUCGCUCGACAUCAGUCAACUUCGAUAUCAAUAUAAAAAACUUCAAGAUCGCAAUAAGCAAGUACAAAUAAUUAUUCAAACUGCUUCAAGUGAACAAAAACAACGAUCACGAGCAUCAUCUGUUCAUUCGUCAACAACUAAUAGUUCAGAAAACUUUCGUCGUCCUACAACAUCUUCACUUGAGUGUUCGCCAUCGAAAUUUCCAUCUUCUGUUUGUUCGAUAGCAAGUGGCCCAUUAGUUAAUCAUUUAUUAAUUAAACCAUCAGAUAUAAAACGAAAUCAAUUUAAAACAAACGUAUCCAUUAAAUCUCCAUCAACUCCUCCUGUACAAGAUCGACAACAAACUCACGUUCUUCGGCCAGUAGUAUCUGAGCCAGUUCCACAAAAGAAAAUUCAACGUUCCAAAGAACAAGAAGCUGAAGAAGCAGCUGAAUUACAACAAGAAUUAGAUCAACUGUUAACAAGUCUUAAUCUUGAAAAGCCAACAUCAGUUUCACUAUCGAACAUAACCGAAGAACAAGAUAAAUCUCCAACGAACGAAACAGUACAACUUAAAACUGUUGCAGAAACACUUUAUAAUUAUGAAAAAUGUCAGGUAACAAAAAAUGAAAAAAAAGAAUCACCGAAUCUAAUUGAUCGUUUACUAACAUUACGUUCUGUACAAAUGCCAAAAUAUUCAUCAUUUAAUCCAUUUCCUUCACGAUCAUUCAAUGAAAAUGUUGCUGUUAAUGGUUAUAAACUUGGAUUAUAUGCACCCGAUCCAUCAAAUCGUUAA